UUUUUUUUUUCUUUCCUUUCCUUUCUUUCCUUUAUAUACAAUUAUUAUUUUUUUUUUACUUCAUCUUCUUCUUCUUUCACGCAUUAUGUUACCUCAAUUUGGAUUUAUUGUAGCUCAAGCAGGAGCAGAUUAUUUACCUCAACAACAACAACAGACUAAUAAUAAUUCUUCAGCUUUAGCCCCUUUAUUAAAUAAUAAACCUUUUAAUUUUUAUUCACAACAAGUCUCUCCCUCAUCUAAUGUCAUUCAACCCAUCUUACCUCCACCUUCAUUUCUUUACCAACAAAAAGAAAUAUUACCUAAAAAAACAGGUGAAUCUAGUUUAUUACCUAUUUUAGAUAAUAAAGAUACAUGGUUGCCUCAACCCACAAAAAAUUUAUCUUCCUAUCAUCACCAAGAAGACAUAAAAACUUCAACUGUCAUUCAUAAAGAAGCAGAAAUUCACAAAGAAGCAGAAAUUCAUAAAGAAGCAGAAGCAGAAGCAAAAGUAGAAGCAGAAAAUGUAACAGUGUUGAAAAAGCAAGAAGAACAAAACAAUCAUUCAUGGCAAGCGAAAUCAAAUACAAAAGAAAAAGACUAUAAUGAUUUAAUGACUUGGAUGGAUAAUGAAUUUUGGGAACAUGCUGAAGACAUUUAUCAGCAAAAAUUACUAGAACUUCAAAAUGAAUUAAUUCUAAUUCAAAAUGGUUCUCAUUCUGUAUUCAGGGAAAUUAUAGCUGAUUUUGAAUUAAAAAGAGAAAAAUCAAUUCAUGAUGCUGAAUGUUUUAUGAAACAUCAAAUUGCAUACAUUCAAAAUGAUUUUGAUAAGGAUGUUAACAUUGUACAAGUAGAAUAUGAAAAUGAAAAGAAACAAAUACAGGAAAAUUUAAUUCAUUCAAUCGAAAAUAAAAGAAAACGCGUUAGAGAAGAUGACGAUGAAGAGAAUGAUACGAAUAAUACACAUACAAAUACAAAUUCAAAUUAUUCGUCCAAGAGAAUAAAGCGUAAUUUAAGAAAGAGAAAUACAGAAACAGGACAUUCAUUAAAACCAGAACCCUUAGCAAAGAGAAGAUCAGCUCGACCAAGCACAUUACAUAAUUUACAUACUAUUUCAUCUACAGAAGAAGAGGAAUUAGAAAAUGAAUUCUCCAGUAUGAAGAAAUCAAUUCAUACUACAUUAUUAACUUCACGAUAACGCACGCACGCACACACACACGCACACACACACACACAUACACACGCACACGCACACGCACACGCACACACACACACACACACACACAUUAGACGUGACAUAAUUAUCAUUUGUAUAUAUUUAUAAAUAUAUAUCUUUCUUUCUUUC